AUGAAUUAUCUUGGAAUUGCACAUGCUGGUUAUGAGAAAACUGCAGCUUUCAUUAAUCAAAUAAAUAACAUCUGCUUUACAAGCAAAAUGUGCAUAAGAAAGAGAAGAAAUGCAAAAAUCCAAAGCAUUCUAUUGGCGGAUGUCGCGUGGCAGUCGAACAACAAAGAAUACUAUUCAAAAAAAGGAAAAAAAACUUUUGAACAUCUGUCGUUGGCUUCAACCAAAAAAUAUAAGGGAAAAACAGUAAUUCCUGUUAAAAUUUGGAUCAUUCGUGUAACAUAUGCUAUUGAAACUCAUUAUAAUAAUCCAAGAGUAGUGAAAAUGUUAUUAAGUGGUGCUUAA